AUGCUGGACUCAUUGGAAGACAUCGAGUAUGAUGGCUGGGAAGGUGGGCUGCCCUGCGGUGUCGGCUCCGCACGCGGCCAUGUGGGGGUUGGGGAGGUUCAGAAAUGUGGAAUACGCCUGGUCUAUGAGCAAGAUGCUGAAUGGUUUUCCAGUAUGACCAACUGGGUUGAAUCGGUUUGUAUGAGUGAACUUGGGGAUGAAGUCUUUGUACCGCAGUCUGCCUGCUGGUUUAAUCCAUCUUUGAAAUGGGAGAGAUGCAUUCCACCCUUGGAAGACGAAUCCACACGUGUGGUGCGAGAGAACGUUGAAUCUCUUCUUCCAAGAUACCUUGAGGGACUCAACAGUCGGUCUAAAAUGUUCGAAUUUAACCUCAGAGGAAGCCCAGGGUGGUUUGAGUUGUCUCACUGUCUCCCGGAUAGUAGGUCAAAUUCUGCCGCAGUGCCAAUUGAGAUGCCUCAAAAUCUACAGAAUAACAAGAAGUGGAUGGGAAUGGCAAUACACGCUUCACUUGUGGAGGAAGUGGGACGUCAGGAGGACAGCUAUUGGGUAUUUGUUGCACUCAAAGCAGGUGACGGAUUUGCUGACGUUUUGUUCCCAAAACCUAUGCACAUCAGGCCAUCGUCAGAAGAACGGCAUCAACUUUUGUUUUGUUAUAUACCGCGGGCGCAGAUUCCAGAAGCGGCGUCAUCUCAGACACUAACAACUGCUUGUGGGUUUUCCAUCGGUAUCGACAGCCCUUGUGUUAAAGUUCAAACAUGUGGGUUCCGUAUUGUGUACCAGGAAGAUAUACAAGGGUUUGCUGAUACUAUUCUCCAGUGCAUUCAGAGGGAAGAUUCUCUUAAAGCUUACGAUAAGUGGCUGGAGGAGAGAAUGGCAGAGCGGGAUGACGCCCAUUUAGAGAGAAUGACAGAACGGGAUUCCAGAACCCCACGGGAGAAGUACUUUGACUUGCACUCGCAAAAAUAUAGAAACUGGGACUGGUGUGACCCUCGUCCUCUUUCUCGUUGCUUCGAGAGAGGUGAAAUUUUCAGGUCGAAAUGGUUCAUGCCUUUCAUCAACCAAGGAAACUCCGCAGAAAUCCAGCUGCCUCCGAAUCUCUUCGAUGAUGAUAAUUGGUUGGGGUUUGCCGCAUGUUCUGGGUUCUCCAACAACCAAUAUCCAAACAUUGGUCUUGGCAGCAGUAGCAGUUCUGGUCCUGAUCCAGAGGAGUAUGUUAGACUUACUUACCGUCUGGACUCUGAUGUUGCAUGGCACGGGCUAUUUGAUAUCAUGAUGAAGGAAGAUAUUAAGUAUCACAAGCUAUGUGAAUAUGCGACUGAAUUCAUUUAUAUUCCGCGCAUAGUUCUUAAUAAGGUCUGGAGGCAAAGCAAACUGGCCAGGAUAACUAUGUCGUUCUCUAGCCCAUGCUUAGCAGUGCAGAGCUGUGCCCUUCGUCUACUAUUUAAGGAGGACGUUGAACAUCUGGUAGAAACAUUGACCCUUGCCGAAUUACCUUGAACAUCCCUCAGCAGAUGCAU